AUGAACGUAUUAGUCGUUGCAGAAAAGCCUAGCAUCGCCGAAGCUAUAGCUAAUGCCCUUUCUAAUAAAAAAGUUAACCCUAAAACAGGGAAGUUUCCAGUAUGGAUCAUAACAGCUGGUGUUUUGGGACCAAAAUCUACACUACAUAUUACUUGUACCACUGGGCACAUAUUCAAUUUGAGUUUCCACAGCAAAUACAAUAAUUGGGAAAACACAGACCCCCUAGAACUAUUUUCAGCGGAUGUGAUACAAACCUACGCCAAUUCUGAUGCUAUAGCUAACCAUUUGUCUAGCAUUGCCAAAAGUUGUGAAUCCCUUAUAUUGGCGCUUGACAACGAUCGGGAGGGAGAAAAUAUUUGUUUUGAGGUUAUAAGCAUUGUUUACAAACAUCUAAAAUCUGAAUGCAAAGGGCUGGGUAAAAAUAUAUUUAGGGCGCGAUUUUCAUCGUUGGUAAAAUGCGACAUCAUCAACGCAUUUAAGAACUUAGGAAUGCCUAAUAAAAAUGAAUCAGAUGCGGUAUUGGCGAGACAAGAAAUUGAUUUGAAAUUAGGUUGUGCUUUUACACGGUUUCAAACUUUAUCGUUCCAGGAUAAAUUUGGCAAUUUAAACACCAAACUUAUCUCAUAUGGCCCGUGCCAGACCCCAACACUGUUCUUUUGUGUUGAACGUUUCAAGCAAAUUAAAUCAUUUCAACCUCAAACAUACUACCGAAUUGAUGCGGAAAUAAAUGUAAAUGGACAAAAGAUACAAUUAACCCAUUCUCGUGGUCAAAUAUUUAAUUUGCAAGUAACGGAAAUACUAAGAGAUAUUGUAAAAGAAGAGGUAUUUGUGCUUAGUGCCGUAUAUAGCAGUGUAAAAACUAUUGCACGGCCCACAGCGCUGAAUACGGUUAAUUUGCUCAAAAUGGCCUCUCAACAAUUGCAUUUGGGCCCACAUCAUGCAUUAUCGGUGGCAGAAAAGCUGUAUCUUUCUGGAUAUAUUUCAUACCCACGUACGGAGACUAUGACAUAUCCGAAAAAUUUCGACACUGAAGGCGUACUUAAUAUGUUAAGAUCUGCAAAUUUCCCACGGGAUAUUUUUACAGGUUCCAAAACGGAUUCCAUUAAAUUCAAUUUAAAUCAAAUUUGCAGAGGAAAGGAUGCUGGAGAUCAUCCUCCCAUUACACCUGUAAGCGUACCAAAUCCGUCCUAUCUAUCAUCCGAUGAACUAAACAUUUACUUGCUGAUUGUACGCAACUUCCUAGAAUCAAUAUCUGUUGAUUGUAAAUAUAAAGAAGAAAAGUAUAGCUUCACAGCUGCUAGUGAAACUUUCAUUUAUACGUGCACCAAGGUCGUGGAACCUGGGUUCACCUCCAUAUCCAACAAAUCAUCACUCACCGAGUCUUCGCCAAUUACUGCCAGUGCAGGCGAUAUUUAUCGCUUGUGUGGAUGUGAGAUCAGAUCGGCACAAACUACUCCGCCUUCACUGCUAUCAGAGAGCGAUUUGUUGGAACUUAUGGAAAAAAAUGGAAUUGGUACAGAUGCAUCAAUGGCCACUCAUAUAAACAACAUCUGUUUACGUGGCUAUGUAAAGAUUGUUGGUAAUCGUCGCCUCGAGCCUACCAAACUGGGCCAGUCCCUAGUGUAUGGCUAUUUACAAGUGGAUCCAGAAUUGGUAUUACCUACAGUGCGGGGGAAUAUUGAAAGUUUGUGUGAUUCCAUAGCCACUGGUAAAGCUACGUUAGAAACGGUGAUUAAUCAUUCUUUGCAGAUUUUUAGGGUGAAAUUUAUUUACUUUACUGCAAAUAUCGAUUCUAUGGUGCAGGCUUUCAUGCAAAACUUCACUCUUGCAGAGGAUUUGGGUACCCUUAUGUCGAGAUGUGGCGUUUGUAACCGUUAUAUGGUUUAUGUGAACAGCGCUUUUCCACGAUUGGUGUGUAAGCACUGCGACAGUGUAUAUAAAUUACCAAUAGGUGGUACAGUUAGGCUGUUUAAGGAAAUAAAAUGCCCUUUGGAUAAUUUUGAACUGGUGCAGUACCAAGUUAAAGGAGGUAAAUCUUAUACCUUGUGUCCUAUGUGCUAUAAUGAUCCACCAUUUGAAGAUUUUAGCAAUAAAUCUGCAAUGAAUUGUUCCAAAUGCCCUCAUCCAACUUGUACAAAUGCAAUAAGAUCUAUUAGUGUUGCAGUUUGUGAAUGCGAGGGAAUGCUGUAUUUUGACGUGAUUAAUCAAGGACAUAAAUGGAGAAUAUUGUGCAAUAAUUGCUCAGUGCAGUAUAAUAUUGAGACAAAGAUUAAAUUGAAUGAUUUUUGCGACGAAUGUGAGGGUAGGAUGGUGUUAAUUGUUGAUAAGGGCAUUGAAGGAUGCAUCAUGUGUAAUAGUGAUGUGAGAUCGCAAUUUACUAUAAUUGGAAAAUCUUGCACGGCCGUCAAUCGUGCUAAAAUUGGCCAGGCUAGGUAUUCUAGACCUUGGAAAGGGAGGCUUAGAGGGGGAAAAGGAUCUCAUAAGGGCAAGUUUAGCAAUGUAGACCCUAAGAUGACUUUUCAUGGCUUUUGA